CCAUCAGGGCCUCAGGAGGCUGUUCACACUCUCGACAAGUCCCUGUUCUCCCUCGUUAAGGAAAUUGAGGGCGGCAAAUAGUCAAACACCAGGGAACUAUUUGAUCAAUUUAUGCAGGUGUGUCUGUGGGGCAACAAGUGUGACCUGUCCAUAUCAGCGGGCAUGGAGAACUCUCAGGUCUCAUGCCCCCUCGCCCAGGUAGACACACUCAGAGAGUAUGUGCUGAUCAAUGACCUUGACCUCGUAUGGAACCAGCUGCAGAAAACAGGGCCCGUCAGGGUUGACGUUAUACUGGACAACGCUGGGUUUGAAAUCAUUACUGACCUCUGUCUGGCUGAAUUCUUGCUCGCGGCUAAGCUGGCUUCUUUCAUACAUUUCCACUGCAAAGCACUCUCAUGGUUUGUAUCUGAUGUCACAAAGGACGACUUUGACCACACAUUGAGCUUUCUUACGUCCAGUAACAGUAUAGCAAUGGAUUUCGUAUGCAAACGAUAGAAAGAAGAUCUGCAAAACGGCAGUUGGAAAAUCCAUACCCAUGACUUCUGGACGUUACCAUUCCCUUAUUGCGAAAUGGAAAAGCGCUCAAAUGAUUUAUACAUGGAACUGACGCAAUCUGGUUUGCUUAUUUUUAAAGGCGAUUUGAAUUAUCGCAAACUGGUUGCGGACCUUAAUUGGCCAGCUAGCACCCCAUUCGUUACGAGCCUUCAGGGGUUUGGUCCCGGGCCUCUUGUUAGCCUUCGCGCACUGAAAGCGGAUGUGGUGACCAGGCUGCGUGAGGGACAGGCUGAUGAGAUGCAGACGAGAGAUUCUCAAUGGAUGAUCAACGGAAACUUGGCUGUGAUGUCAUUUGCUGACAAACACUAG